AUGAAGCUGAUCGAGUCCAACGACACCGUUGUGUUCCCAGAGGGAGUGACGUUCACCGUCAAGAACCGCAUCGUCCAUGUCACCGGACCACGCGGAACCAUCCGCAAGGAUUUCCGUCACUUGCACAUGGAGAUGGAGCGCGUCGGAAAGAACACCCUCCGCGUCCGCAAGUGGUUCGGAGUCCGCAAGGAGCUCGCCGCCAUCCGCACUGUCUGCUCUCACGUCAAGAACAUGAUCAAGGGAGUCACCCUCGGAUUCCGCUACAAGAUGCGCUCCGUGUAUGCCCAUUUCCCCAUCAACGUUACCCUUCAGGACGGAAACAGAACCGUUGAGGUAAAUAAACAUAUAUUUUUUAUAGUGGUAAAAUUAAUCUUCCAGAUCCGUAACUUCUUGGGAGAGAAGAUUGUUCGUCGUGUCCCACUUCCAGAUGGUGUCAUCGCCGUCAUCUCCACCGCCCAGAAGGACGAGAUUAUCGUUGAGGGAAAUGAUCUUCAGUUCGUGUCUCAAGCCGGUAAGACAUUAGCACAAUUAGAAGAUCUCCUAUUUUUCCUAUUUUCAGCUGCUCGCAUCCAGCAGUCUACCGCCGUCAAGGACAAGGAUAUCCGUAAGUUCCUCGACGGAAUCUACGUUUCGGAGAAGACCACCAUCGUCGCGACCGACUAA